AUGCUGAGGUUUUCUAGGUCAUUUCAUAGUACCAGAAUACUGGGUAGAGGCCAAAAUAUUACAGAAAAGAUUGUUCAAUCGUACUCUGUUAACGUACCAGAUGGCAAGAAAGUUGUGUCUGGUGAUUAUGUCACUAUACAGCCGGCACAUUGUAUGUCUCACGAUAAUUCAUGGCCGGUGGCAUUAAAAUUUAUGGGUUUAGGAGCUACUAAAAUUAAGAACCCAAGACAAAUUGUGAAUACUUUGGAUCAUGAUGUACAAAAUAAAACUGAAAAGAAUCUAACAAAAUACAAAAAUAUUGAGAAUUUUGCUAAAAACCAUGGUGUUGACUUUUAUCCUGCAGGAAGAGGGAUUGGUCAUCAAAUUAUGAUCGAGGAAGGUUACGCUUUUCCGUUGAAUCUGACUGUAGCAUCUGAUUCUCACUCUAACACAUACGGUGGCAUCGGUUCCUUAGGUACACCAGUAGUGAGAACUGAUGCUGCAUCUAUUUGGGCCACUGGUCAAACUUGGUGGCAGAUUCCACCUGUAGCCAAGGUAAACUUAAAAGGUGAACUUCCUCAGGGCGUUACUGGUAAAGAUAUCAUAGUUGCACUAUGUGGUAUUUUCAAUAAGGAUGAAGUACUUAAUCACGCAAUUGAGUUUACAGGAAGUUCAUUGGAUAAGAUACCGGUCGAUUAUAGACUAACCAUUGCAAAUAUGACAACUGAGUGGGGAGCGUUGUCAGGUUUGUUUCCUGUUGACAAUACGUUAAUUAAAUGGUACAAGGAUCGCCUUGUUAAAGUGAGACCAAAUCAUCCCAGGAUCAAUCCAAUAACAAUCCAAGCUUUGGAAGCAAAAGCAAAGGUAUUAAAACCAGAUACGGAUGCAAAAUAUGCAAAAACGCUAACAAUAGAUCUUUCCACUCUAACGCAUUAUGUAAGUGGGCCAAAUUCAGUCAAAGUCUCAAAUACAGUAGCCGAACUAUCUUCACAGGAUAUCAAAAUUAAUAAAGCCUAUUUAGUUUCCUGUACUAACUCUCGUCUUUCUGAUUUGGAAUCAGCAGCUGGCGUUGUUUGUCCAACAGGGAAUAUUAAUGAAGUUCAUAAAAUUGCACCUGGCGUCGAAUUCUACGUCGCAGCAGCAUCAUCUGAAGUGCAAAAUGAUGCUAAGUUAUCAGGCGCUUGGGAAAAGUUGAUGAAGGCAGGCUGUCAAAUCUUACCUCCAGGUUGUGGUCCAUGUAUUGGGUUGGGUACGGGUUUAUUAGAGCCUGGUGAAGUGGGCAUCUCCGCAACAAACAGAAAUUUUAAAGGUAGAAUGGGUUCUAAGGACGCUCUAGCCUACUUAGCCUCGCCUGCUGUUGUCGCAGCAUCUGCCAUAGCAGGCAAGAUUGCAUCGCCAAAUGAAGUUUUAGGUACGAUGGACAAAACUGCUGUCGAACAGGUCCCUACUCUUAUGGCAGAAGUUGAUGAGUUUGUGAAACAAGAUGAGACUAUCUCAAACACUGAAGAAGGAUCUGCUGACCGUGUAGAUAUACUAGAAGGGUUCCCUACAGAGAUCACAGGGGAGUUGGUUCUAUGUGAUGCCGAUAAUAUUAAUACAGACGGUAUAUAUCCCGGUAAAUACACUUACCAAGAUAAUGUACCAAAGGAAACGAUGGCUAAAGUAUGCAUGGAGAAUUACGAUCCUGAAUUCCAAACCAAAGUCAAAGCCGGCGAUAUUAUCGUCAGUGGAUAUAAUUUUGGCACAGGUUCGUCAAGGGAACAAGCCGCCACUGCAAUAUUGUCCAAGGGUAUCAAUUUAGUGGUAGCAGGCUCCUUUGGAAAUAUAUUUUCUAGAAACUCUAUAAACAAUGCAUUGUUGACGUUGGAGAUUCCUAAUCUAAUCAACCUACUAAGAGAAACCUAUAAAAAUGAGCCAGUGAAAGAAUUAACCAAGAGAACCGGUUGGUUCUUAAAAUGGGACGUGGCCAAUACGACAGUCACGGUGACAGAAGGCUCAUUAGAUGGGUACAUCGUAUUAGAACAAAGAGUUGGCGAAUUAGGGAAAAACUUACAAGAAAUCAUUAGUAAAGGCGGCCUUGAAGGCUGGAUUAAGUCGAAGUUGUAA